AUGAAUGUGCAACUAACAAAGCUCGAUGAUGUCUCUACGACAAGCACUGGUGCCCCUCCUCCUGCCCUGUUCACAGAUCAUGUCAACACCAAGAUCGCGUGUCUUGCAUGCCGUGACAAGAAGCUGAAGUGCGACAAGAAGCUUCCCUCUUGUUCCAGAUGUCUCUUUAAAAAUGUCGCAUGUGUUUAUCUCUCUCAUAAGAAGACUGGUCCUAAACCUGCCGGUGCUGACUUUAAUGGUAAAGUUGAGUCCGAGCGCGUCACUUCCUAUUUGUCCCCAGAUCCCAAGAGAAUCCGAACCAGUUUCUCUGAUUCCUCGCAAUUUUCCUCCCACUCUGUUGUCACAACGACCGCCAGCAGUGGUGAAUCUACAAAUUCUAUUCAGAGGAAGCGCCAUAUAAAUAACCAUCCUUCGGGGCCUUCUUCAAUAGUUCCUAGGAUAUCGUCCCCAUCUACUGAUUCUCAUCAUCACCAUGAAGAACAGAAUUUAAGCAGUUUUCUUUCAGCAUCGGAGAAUGAGUCAUGGGAGGAUAUAUUGGGCCUAAGCGACGUUGGAUUAACAAUGGAUGAUGUCAACAGGUUUCACAAUUUGUACUUCCAUUCAAACAUUCGAAUCUUCAAGUAUUCUGCUUUAAGGUAUUAUUCCAAGUUCAAAAAUGAUCCGGUCUCUGUCUUACAUUAUUCUUACAUGAUUUGGACUAUUGCUGCAUUUAAUAUCCCGGAAUACGAGUCUAAAGUCGCCGGGAUCUACAAGAAGGGGGUUCGCAUUCUUGAUUUGUAUUGGAAUUCCGGUGAAGAUACAACGAGAAUAGACAGCUUAACCUACCUACAUACUUUAUGUCUCAAAGCUCAUUAUGAGUUCCUUUCUGGCAAGGAAGUCAGCUCGGCGAUGACCAUCUGUUCCUCUGUUCGUAUGGCUCAAAUGAUGGGUUAUGAUCAAAUAGAUCUUUCUCCGAAUACUUUGACCACACCAACUGUCUUCUUUAAAACUUUUCCAGGAAGUGUCACCGAUCCUGGUUCCAAGGAAUUUUCUUACGAAUUCAAUAUGGAUGAUAACUUGGACCCCGAAAUUCCUCUCAUAGAAGAAAAGCGUCGUGUAUUCUGGGAAGUGUAUGCCAUUGAUAAGUGGUAUUCAUUGGUGACCGGCUUGCCCUGUGCAUUUUCCGUCGACAGUCACUCUCUAAUAUGCACAAAACUUCCUUCUCCAACUACUUUUCUUCCCUUGAAUGGUGAUUCGGAUCCUUCAAGUCAGAUGACUGGCGAAGAUCAAAGCAGUUAUUACCUUCACGAAGCCAUGCAGAAACUUGAUAAGAAUCAGGUUCUUAUUGACUUGAAUUCUUCGUCCUCAAAGGUAUUACUUCUCACGAUCUCUGAAAACAUUAUCAAGUGGUGUAAAAUGUUCUUAACCAUUGUCGAGCUCGAUACUUUGAGAACUGAUCAGAGUUUGCGAGCCAUUCGGCUGAAAAUCGACGAGUUGGUUCGUAAUUUUGAGAACUUACAAAGCAACCUUCUCUUCUUUGAUUUGACCACCGAACCGCUUAUGAAUAUCGUCAUCAACAACACAACUAUAUUGCUCUAUCAGAGUAUAUUGUUGAAGCUCAGUAGUUUGUUUGACCUUCAAUUGAACGAAGAUUCAACUGGUGCAACUAUCUCUGCCACAGAGAAGUCGAUAUUUACUGAUAUCCUUAGAGAGGCAUCAGAGUUAAGUACCAAGCUUGUGGAGAGCUUCAUUAAAAAGCCGCGUAUAGAACAUCAUCUCAAAAAGGCUCCCGUUUUCAUUAUUUUUUGCAACAGCUUGAAGUCGCUACUUCAAUGUACUGCCUAUAUCAAAAGAUUUCAGUCGUUUUUGGUUAUUGAUCCCAGAAAGGAAGCCGACUUAGAGCAUUUGAUACAGACCACUAGGAUCACUGUUAACGAACUUAAUCAGAAGCAAAAUACCGUAUGUAAAGUUCGCAUGAUUCUUGAUAAGGGUACAGGCAUGGUUGAGCAGUCGCCACGUGAUUUUUCCUUCUUUGAUUCAUUUCUUGAUAUCUGGUGA